CCUGCUACACCAAUUUUUUCCUUACAUGGCAGCAACAAUGAAUGAUAAAAAUCCAUCACGGUAUCAACAACCUUUGACGACUGCUCUUUUUGGAAACGGAAUUAUAUUAAAGAAUUUCAUCGGAAAAUUGAUCCUUGCAAAUGAAGAUGUUUUUAAAACAAUGUCAAAUGACUUCAGUGUGGAAGAAAACGAUUCUUUCAAAGUUGUCAACACCCCAAAUUUCUUUGAAGGAUGCUCCACUCCAAACCAGCAGAUAAUUGACUUCAUGGCUUUGUCCUACCCUGGUCCUGAAUUGUUCCUCCUGGCUGUUGAUUCUGAAACCUCAAGCUCUGACGAUGUGGUAGCUCAAAUUCGAAGACUCGAGGAAGUCUUUGGAAACUCAAUCAGACAUCAUUUGAUUGUCAUUUUUAAUAAACAGGAAUUGUACAAUUCACUUCUUUAUCUGAGAGAUAACAACAUUCAGUUAGAAAUGCUCGAUGAAAACCUGGCCAGUGACUGCAAGAAAUGGGGUGCGGAUCGUCAAUCAUUUCUGUUUGACUAUAAAGAUUACAGUCACCGAGUUGUACAGCAAAGAAGGAAAGAACUAAAGAUAAGAAGGUCUUUGGGGGUGGAGACCGAGACAAAAUCAAAACCUACAAAAUGGAACUAUGGGAGAUACAACACAAUUGGUCGGGCAUCACAAUUGACUGCACACAACGUCAGUCAAGGAGAUCUAAUCACCGCACUGAAAUAUCACCCACAUCCAGCAAGAGCUGCAGGUCCUAGAUGGAGGAUGCCCAGUGGACUGGCUGAAAGUGAUUUCAAUAUCAUACUCAUGGGACGCUCUGGAACUGGAAAGAGUGCUUCUGCAAAUACCAUCUUGCAGAUUGUUGAUAGGAAAAAAAAGAUGUCUUUCAAAUCUUAUGCCAGCUCUGUACCGGUCACAACCACAGUUGAGGUGAGAAAUGUGAAGAAUCUGUUUGGAAUGCCUGUGAAUGUGAUCGACACUCCAGACUUCUUCAGAGACACGCUACCUAAUUCUCAGGACGAGCUAGACAAUUGUAAAUCUUACAUUACUGACAAUUGUAUAAUAUUACUCGUAUUUCAGCUCGGUCGCAUUACAGAUCUUGAUAAUGAUUUAAUGGGGAAGCUGGAGAAAAGUUUUGGUCAAAAUAUCAGAGAACACACAAUUGUCCUGAUCACUCAUGGAGAUGACCUAGAAGGAGACCUUGAGGAAUACAUACGACAAAAUCCUCAUCUCUUAGAAAUUGUGUGUAAGUGCUCUGGCCUAUAUCACCUAUUCAACAACAAGUCCAGGGAUCCAAAACAAGUCAAAGAGCUGACCAAAAUGAUUACUCAACUCAAUCAAGCCUACAAUCCAAAGGAGGAUAGGUGUGCUUUUCAAUAGUGUAGUUUGAGAUUAAUUUUAAUCCACAUUGCAGAAAGCUCAACAGUAAAUGCAGAACUGAACAUGGUUUGACUCUAUGUUAUGAAUACUAUUGUUCUUACAGUACAAAAUCAUCCAUCCUUUUUUUCUUUUCUGGGGCUCUAGCCAAUCCUAGUCAAGAGGAUUGAUCCCAGUAUAGUGAUGACGCUUUUUUUUUUCACUGACCCAUUUUAUCAUCUUGCUUGGGUUGUUUUCAUGCGUCAGUUGAAUGUGAAAGACUUUCUUGUCGAUACUUUGAAUAUUUCAUCAUCGAUGGUUAACAUUUUAAUGGGAGUGACAAUAUUGUUGUUCGGAUAAUGUAAAUAAUUGUUCUACCGUAUGUUAAUGAGUGUGAAGUACAAUUAUGGCAGUUUUCUUUUUCUAGUGAUAAGUAUACACUUAAAUAUUCAGGAUGGGGCAAAAAUAUGGACACAGUGAAUAUAUAUACAUUUAAAAAAAAUAAUAAAAUUAAAAAAAAAAGAUAAAAUGUUCAAGUCUAGAACUACUUUUGGCCUAACCUGUGCACCUAUCUAUUUUUUAACUGGUUGUAUGAAUCUAUAUAUUUUGUCAAUGGAGCGUGUACUUUGAAAUAGCUAUAAAUUACUAAAUUUUCAACAGAUUUUCAAACAGGUUAGUUUUUCAUAAACGAAAUAGACGAAGUAAAUGGACAGCAUACUUCAAGGUGCUAUGAAAUACUACAGCGAGUGACUUUAAAAUGAUAGCAGACCAUAAUUUGGUGUAACGAGUACCUUUAAGCCUGAGUUAUGCUACUGCGUUACGGUGAUGGUGAAGCGACUACGGCAGGGGUCCCCAAACCUUUUCCUGUGAGUGCCACAUAACUUUUCCCUUCUACGAUGAGGGGCCGGGUCAGUUUGUAACGGAAAAAGUGUGACGAUUGCAGGAGUGCCUAAAUGUAAAAAUGUAUUGUUUGUCAGAAAGCCACAAUCAAAUAACCCUUUCUGGAUUCUUCACAGAACAAAAGUAAAUAAAAUAAAAAUUAUAAUAUAAUAUAAUAUAAUAUAAUAUAAUAUAAUAUAAUAUAAUAUAAUAUAAUAUAAUAUAAUAUAAUAUAAUAUACAGGGGUGCACAUAAGUGGUCCGCAUGCGCGCAUGCGUACUGGACGUAGACAAACGCGCUAGCCCUCAACUGCUUCCAUACGCUUUUGCGUACCAAUGGCUGACCACUGUAUUUGCGGCGGACACGAGAAAAUAACUUCUCAAAAUGUCGACUAGGCAGGCCCCACUAAGUAAUUAUUUCCGUGUUCCCCAAACCCCGUCAAAAGACAGACAGACGACAGAGACGUCACCAGAGCGACCGAAAAAAAGGACUUUUGCUGAAAAGUGGCUGCAGGAGGUACCGUGGCUAGAAGCAAAUGAUGCUCGCACGGAAAUGCGGUACAAAAUGUGCCGUGAGAAUCCCAAUGUCGCUGAUAAGAGCAGCGCAUUUUAUGUCGGGUCAAAGAAUUUCAGCCAUCCAAACUUUGAAAAGCACGAAAAAAAACAGAGCAUGUGGCAAUUAAGCAAACUAUCGAUGUCAGACAGGACCCCACUCGCCCUAUGGACAAGUGGCGGAAUAAAGGUAAUGAAAAACAGCGCCAUGCACUGACAAAUGUGUUUUUGCUCACAUUUUACAAAGCUAAACAUGCACGUUCAAUGAGGUCUUAUGAGGAGGACAUCCCACUUUUACAAAGGCUUGGAGUUAAUGUGGGAGCCGCAUAAUGCCCUUUAUUUUGAAUUGGUGCUUUUAUGUUUAUUUCUUUACAUUUCAGUUCAAAGUAAUGGCAAUUUUGUUGUGCCAGUUUAUGUUAAUCAAGCAUUAAUUGUUGAUAUAAUUAAUUUAAGUUAAUUAGCUCUAAGUAAAGCUUGUCAUAAUUUUAUCGCAUCAGGCGGGUCGGCUCUCAAGCUCAAUGAGGACCAAGUCACAUCUGCAGGUCCUCCUCUGAGAACCUGGGCAAAAAAAAUAUGUGCACCCCUGAUAAUAUAAUAUAAUAUAAUAUAAUAUAAUAUAAUAUAAUAUAAUAUAAUAUAAUAUAAUAUAAUAUAAUAUAAUAUAAUACUAUCAAUUAAAUAGAUAAUAACCAAAUAACCCUCUCUGGGUUCUUCACAGAAAAAAAGCCAAGAAAUAAAUAACACUAUUGAAAAAAAAAAAAAAAAAAAUGUUCGGAGGGCCAGACCAAAUGUGGAGGCGGGCCGUAUCCCGCAGGCCGUAGUUUGGGGACCCAUGGACUACGGCGUCAAUGAGCAUUCCGUGGCGUUGCUCUGUAAUUCCCCCUCAAGCCACUAGAGGGGUGUGGCGUUGUGUUUGUAGGGUUUUGGGCGACUCUUGACGACUUCUAGUUUUCUUCCGGUUACACUGCAAUACUAAAACGCUACCGGAGAUAAAACGUUUGAAUGUGGAUCUUCAGCUCAUCAACGAUGAACAACAAAUGUUGAUCAUACAAAUGUUGAGGCGCAGGCGACGCAGAAGACUGUUUCGGAGGCGGUCUGUCGGACUGUUGAUGCCGUCACAUUACGGAUUCUAGCCUUGGGUGGAAGACAGCAAGCUGUGGCGGCUAGCUUCAAACUGGCGUCGAGCACUGUGUCCAGCGUUUUGUCCGAGGUCUGUAAAGAAUAGUGGACAGGCCUCCAGCCCGUGUCCUCCAACCAGCCAGUGGGAAGCAAUAGCAGAUUUCUGGCGGCUACGGAACUUCCCAAACUGCGUUGUAAGCCUUGAUGGUAAACACAUUGUCAUAAAAGCACCGAGACACUCUCAGUGGUAAUGUAUCAAGUGUGUGAUUUGUCUAGUUGAAAAUUAAACAUCAAAACAACUCUUUUGACACCAAACGUGUUUUAUUCUUCAUAUACUUGAAGUGUGACUCGUAAAUAAGUCACAGACUAACAGCAAACAUAUGUACACAAUAAAUAAUGAAGUGCACCAACCAAAAAUACGACAUAAAGUGAUAAAAAGCUGGCAGUUUUUGGCCGACUGGGUCACCGCUUCGUGUGCCCAUUCGAUUCCGAACACACACAUACUUGUCGCGGUGGUUCGUCCAUUUUUUUAUUCGAUCGCUGGCUGACCUCCAGCCCCUUAUUUUCAGCAAUCUCCUCCCACGAAUUGCUUACCAUUUGGCAAUCUUCAUAAUGUCUUGACGAGACAUUGUAGAAGUUGUCGUACUUGCUCUUGUUGAUACUCUCGUCCAUUUUGGUCCAUUUUUGCGUGUAGCAAAAUAAUGUUUGACAAUGGCGAUGAUUUUGCGCUGAACCGGAAACAGUCUGAGCCGACCAAUCACAGUCCAUUUCUACCACGUCACACGCAUUGACGCGACGCGAGUCAGAAAAUUAUGAAGGAACAAGAGAGGCUACAGCGGCGGGUCGUAAAUCGGGUUUUCCUUGACGGUGAGGUCUGCCAGGGAAGCAAAACUCGGCCUUAAAGGGUAUUAUAAUACUAAGGGGCUGUGAGAUAUCAAUAGAACCGUUAUGUGGCAAGAUAACAAAUAUUAAUUAAGUUAAUGAAAAAAUAAAUCACAUUCAUGAGCAAUUAUCGAAAAUAGAUAAAAAAUAAUUAACAUUUCUGAAAGUAUUCCGGAAACAGCCGAAUGGGGCGGAGACGUCACAACAAGGAAACAAAAGGUCAAGGCAGGUGCCAUCGUUGUUUAUCGACGAGAGGGUUGCGUUCGUGUUUUAUCAAAAAAUCGCUAAAAUGGUUCAAACCUGUCGUGCUAUGUGGCGUAAAUAGCCUUUUGUCGCAAUGUAGUCCCCAUGAGUUCCCGAACGUGAGAAAAAGACUGGACUACGCAGACAAUGAGUAAAGUUCGUCCGUGCUAAGAGGGCUAAUUUUGCAGACCGGGCCUCCAGCAAGGUUUUGUAUGGUGCGCAUUUUACACCUGAAAGCUAUUCGAACUAUGGACAAAUGAAAUCAGGUUUUGCUAAGAAAUUGCUGCUGAAAGCAGGUGCGGUGCCCACCAUAACGCGCAGCCACCUAAAUGUCCCGAGAUAUCAAGAAAGAGGACGAUGACUGGCUCUGAUGAGACCACCCCACCACCCCAGACAAACCAAAAGAGCGGAGCAGCCAAGCUCGAAAUGGCCAGAGUGAGUAUUCUUUUAGAAUAAAAACAUCACGCAUUGGAUAUAGGACUGGACACAUAUAUAAAUUAUCGUUCGUAAAAUAUAUAGAACAAAUCCUCUAAUCCCAUUCAUAUUUGUGUCUGUUGGCAGAGCGAAAACCUAUGAUAGCACAAUAAAUGAUAAUUAUUCUAUACAUUACUUUAUUUUGCGGUCACGGUGUAUCAGCUUCACAAAAAGAAAUGCAAAACAAACCAUUCGGUGUUUCCCAUACGAUCUGUUGCCGGUGUUUCAUCAGUGUGAUUGCUCCCCUCAAUGAUCCUUUCAUUAGGUUACAUUGGCUUUCGUUUGGCCUCAAAUUGAUAACCCAAAACACCAAAGAAAGGUUCAUAACUCUCCUCGUCACCAUUACAAGAACGUUCGUUACGUUGGAUUCGUCGCUGCAACUAGAAACAAAAUUGUCCGCCAUCAUCGCCGCCAUUCAGGGGUGGACUGGUAAUCUGUGGGUUCUGGAGGAUCACAGAACGGCCGGUGCCCUGGGCGGCCGGCGGCCGCCAUUCAUUAUACAUCACUGUUUUUAUCCCCCCAGCCUGUCAUUAUCUACAGUUCGCAUCCAAUCCGACUGGUGGCAGCAAUGCGCCUGGCUGUUCAUCGCCAGUCUGAUAGAAGAACGAAGAAAACACAAGUACCCUUCAUUGGUUCUUUGUAGAAGGAAACUAGCGACGAGCGUUAAUGCACAAUAUGGAUGGUGGUGGCAAAAAAAAAAGAAAAAAAAGAGAGAAGGGUGGCGCGGAGAAGGUUAGGGAGAAAAAAAAUUAAAGAAACUGGAGAGCGAAGCAUUAAAAUGUCAUAAGUUGACAAAUAUUUUCGCAAGCAGCAGUCUGGCUGCAACGGCCACGGGUAACAGCAGCCUAGCCCCCGGCAAUGGUGAGAGGGGUAGCGGGAGCCGCUCUGACGUGCAGCCGGUGCAGGGAGAGAGAAAAGAGGGAGUGUGUCACGAUAAGCUGGUGGAAGUUCCCCAGACAAGCGCAGGGCAAGUAAAAAGGGAUGAAGAGGGUCACUUGCUCGGUAUACCGGCAAUUGUUAUCCACCAGGUAGCUACAUUUUAAAUGAAAUAAAUGACAAUUAAAGGGUUAGUGCCAGCGAGUCCGUUUGUAAUCGUGUCAAGUUACAGUAUGCUAGUCCUAUUAUCACUCUCCGAAAGAAAAAUGUUUUAGCUGUAAAACAACGUAUGCACACGCAGCAGCAAUAUUAAUUCAUAAGAAAUAUAACAAAAUAUUAAUAAAAUGAAUGGUUUUACUUUAAAGUUUAGUCAGUUGGUAUAUUUUUUUAAUCAUGUAUAUAUCGUUUAGUUUUCUGGUUAAUACAUUCCAAUGAAGGUAAUGUAUCCAGGAUUUGUCUUGAAAUGUUUAUUGUAUUUUCAUUGAAAUUUAUUAUUUGUAUGGCAAGAUUAAUUAUGGCAGGGGUCUCCAAACCGGUCCUCAAGGGCCGCUGUGGGGCCUGGUUUUUGUUUCAACCGAUCGAGUACCGACAGUUUAACCAAUGAAGUUUCUGCUAAAACAAGCAGCACCUGACUGCAAUGACCUGAUUGCACUUGUAAAACACCAGAUUGGUGCAUAGGUGUUGUCUUGUUUUGUUGGAAUGAAAUCCUGCGCCCGCUGCGGCCCUAUGUGGAAUAGUUUGGAGACCACUGAAUUAUGGCAUGAACAAUGAAAUCAUUUUAUAGACAGAGAUAUAUAGAGAUAUAUUAUAAUAAAUUAGAUACAUAAAACUUGAAAAAUAAAUUCUUUCAUUUGUUUUUUCAGGUUGA